AUGGCUGGAGGCAAACCCCGUGGUCUUAACGCCGCACGAAAGUUGCGAACCAACCGCAAGGACCAGAAAUGGGCCGAUCUUCACUGGAAGCGCCGUGCUCUCGGUACUGCCUUCAAGUCCUCUCCCUUCGGUGGUUCCUCUCACGCCAAGGGCAUUGUCCUGGAGAAGGUCGGUGUUGAGGCCAAGCAGCCCAACUCCGCUAUCCGAAAGUGCGUUCGUGUUCAGUUGAUCAAGAACGGCAAGAAGGUCACUGCUUUCGUCCCCAACGACGGUUGCCUGAACUUCGUGGACGAGAACGACGAGGUCCUCCUGGCCGGUUUCGGUCGCAAGGGCAAGGCCAAGGGUGAUAUUCCCGGUGUGCGAUUCAAGGUUGUCAAGGUCUCUGGUGUCGGUCUGCUCGCUCUGUGGAAGGAGAAGAAGGAGAAGCCCCGCUCUUAA